UUCUUUUUUUUCUCUCUUUUUUUUUUUACUUUUCAAAAGGAGGGCUGGCAGGGCCCCCUCUAAAUUCGCCCUGCCCUUUGCAAUUAGUUACUGUAUUCGAUACAUUUUGUUCGUCGACCAUUGCUGCCUAAACGGCGUUCCAUAACAGGUGGUGAUGCGUGAAAGAAGUACUGGAAGAAGAGGCUACAGUUCAUAACGGAUGUGGGCAGAACCAUAGAGACGACGAACACAUAGUCAGUCACAGAAAUGGAAAGUGAUUGGCCGUCCAUCUGCUGCUAGGUACAACCUGCUCAAUAUAGGCCGAAGAUGGGCAUUUUCCGCCGACAUCGUAUACGGUACCUACUACUUGCUUGUGGAACAACUGCAGUUGUACUUUGGAUAGCGUUAAAUAUAGAGAUCACUAAUGAAACAAAUAUGAUCGAGGAUAAACAAACUAAUCUACAACAAGGGAAAUACGGCAGUAAAUCUCAAGAUUGGAAGAAUAAAUAUCAACAAAGAAUACCUACUAUACCAAGCCAGAGUGGUGAACAACAUAUUCCCACCUUUCCACCAAUUAAAAGUCAGGAUGACGUAUGUCAACCAAAACAACAAAUACUCUUUCUCAAAACACAUAAAACCGGAAGUUCAACUGUGACCUCCAUCUUACAAGUGUAUGGUUACUGGAGAAAUCUCACAUUCGCGGUUCCAAAAAGCGGUGCUCAGAUUUUAAGUCGGUCGUUCUUCAGGGCGGGUCAAGUUCAUCCUGGAAAGUAUGAUAUGUUGGUGAACCACGCGAGGUAUAACAGAGACGAAAUGGAAAAAGUGAUGAAACCGGGUGCAAAGUAUAUCACAAUACUUAGAGACGUCACCACGCAGAUUGAAUCCAACUUCGGAUACUUUGGGCUGUACUACUCGUUUGGACUUAAAAAUAGUUCAAAUCCUUUUAAAACAUUUGCCGAGAAUCCUUCAUACUACUGGACAACGUACAAGCGAGCUAGUUUUCGUAGAUAUAUGAAGAAUCCUAAUUUAUUCGAUUUAGGUUUGUCGGAAAAAGACCAGGAAAACAUAACUGCGGUCGAGAGGUUAAUUACAAAAAUAUCACAAGAAUUCGAUCUUGUUCUUAUCCAAGAAUAUUUUAACGAAUCUUUACUAUUGCUUAAAAAACUUAUGUGUUGGAAACUGGAAGAUAUAUUGUAUCUGUCGAAAGGAAAAAGGAGCUCCCGUAUUCGUUUUGUCGUCGAACAACGCACGAUACUUUCAAUUCGAAGGUGGAGCUGGGCAGACGUAUUAUUAUACGAUCAUUUUAAUAAAACGUUAUGGAAGAAAAUAGAAGAAUAUGGACCAUCUUUUAAUGCGGAUCUUGCAGAAUUUGAAUCAAAACUAAAUGAAACGCUCUACAAUUGUACUUUACCGAACGCACGGAUCUAUGAUAAUCGUCGAGAAACGGCGCUUAGAAAAAACCCGAAAGGAUCACCAAAAUGUGAUGAUAUGCUGAGGAAUGAUCUUCAUUUUACAAAAAUGUUGCGUCGCAUCCAAUAUGGCGAAAACAUAGACGGCACAAAAUUACCAAACAAAACGAGCCCUAAAAAAUCAUGAUAGUAAUAUUUAUAGUUACUUAUUUAUAAUGGCUUGGAAAGAUAUUAUCUUACUCUGUCAUGUUAUAUUUGAAAUAGAAAACUGUCUUUCAGAAGAUUUCGGUACCUCUAGUCGGUACCUCUAGUCUAGUCAAUAUGUGACAAAAUUCCACUCAACCCUAGCCUAACAGAAGUUGGGCCAGUGUUGGGCGGGAGGAGGUAGGGCCCCCGUCUUCGAGAACACCCCCCCCCCUUCUUCGUUCUGAGA